CUAAUCCAGGGCUUUUUCCGUCAUUUCACGACUCCCAAUUAGGGUUCUAUCGUUCAAUCAUUUUGCCCUUUCUCGAUCAGUGGCCAGCUUCACGUGUACGUCGGUUCGUCCCUGAUCACACCCCUCAAAAUUCUGCCAUCCUUUUUGGGAUUCACUCCAGAGCUGCUCAACCCCUUGCUCGUCCCGUCGGCAAAAAUGGCAGAGUAGCCCUGUAAUCUCCAGCAUUCAUUUUUCUCUUUCUCUAGUUACUUGUCUGUAUCCCGACGCAGUGAACAAGAAAACCCUUUUUGGGAGAGCGAAGUUAGAUGGUGAAGGAGAUGGAAUCUAGCCUAAAGGAAGAUGGUUCGUCGGAUGAGAAAAAGUGCUGCUCCGUUUGCAAAACCACGAGAACGCCCUUGUGGAGGAGUGGCCCUUCAGGCCCUAAGUCGCUGUGUAAUGCUUGCGGAAUUAAACAUAGAAAGAAGAUGCCCAACUCCCCCAAGCAGGACUCAGCAGAGCCCGACUCGAAGAAGGGUAAAAUCGGAAAAAAGAAAAAGAAAUCGAAGCUGAGAAAUGGCUUGGGAGUGAACCUGAGGAGGCUAAAGUGUUCGAGGAGGCAAUGGGGUGAGGUUGAGAGAGCUGCCCUUCUUCUCAUGGCUCUGUCUUGUGGUGCUGUCUUUGCCUGAAUUACUUAGAUAAAUGGUGAAGCAAAAAAAAAAGCAAAAAGUAUUAGAUAUUUCUGUGUUAGGAACUUGGAAGGUUUUGAUUUUUAUUAGCUUUUAGCUUUAGGGAAGUUGGUAGUUUGAAAAACAGUUGGUUUUUUUGGGGGAAAAAGUGUUUGGUAGAGCAGAUUGGUUUGGAUUUUCCUUUUUCCCUUUUUUGGUCAAGGAAAUAUGUGAUGUGGAAGUGUAAGUAUUGAUGAUGUGCUCAUGAAUGAAGUGGUGGGAUUUUGAUCAAUUGAUGUGUUGCUUUUUCUCUCAUUUCAACAUUUCUAGAGAGG